UGUUUUUACCAGAAAUGUGGAAUGAAAUGAGAACAACCCUGUUUCUUUCCUUGUUGAGGACUUAAAGUUUCAGAGUUACGAUUAAAACUGCCUUGUAGCUGGAUGUUUAGGACCAAACAUUGGAAGUAAAUAAUGGACACAACCUCUACAAAAGCCACAACAGAAACACAUACAAAAGGUAGUACGUGGAAUCAAAAUCAAGAAAAAAUACACGUUAAAGGUGAAAAAGAAAUACAAGAAGAAUUAGAAGAAAAUUCGGUAAAACAAGGGGAAUUAAAUAAUAAAAGCGGAACAGGCAAACAGGGACAUGUAGACGACUUAAGCCUGCAUCGCGGUAGCGAUUUCUGUAAUCAAACCAUGGAAGGGCAAGAAGAUAUAAAAGACAAAACAGACUUUGGGGACUUGGAUUGUGGUAGCGACUUUUGUGUUCCUGCCUUGCAAGAAGAGUCAGAGGAGUUGAAUUGUGGUAGUGACUUCCGGUUAUGGCUCGCAUGA